AACAGCACUUGCCUUGCCGGGGCCACACUGACAACAUGCUGACAACAACAAACGUGGUAUUUGGUAUAUUCGCUGUGACCACUUUGUUGUUAAAUAGCGUAUUUAACUUCAAUGUCAUUAACCGGAAUGGAAGAGUCUGUAUCAUCUCAAGGAAGCACAGUUUCUAGCUAUGUUUCCAAUGACGACUUUGUCAACUGUUUGUACUGUGGGCAGAGAACUCCUGGAUUCCGGGACGAAAGUUGUCUUAAGUGCAACGAUUGUGACAGUUUUGUGCAUUUCAAUUGCUUGACUGAAAAUGUCAGAAUAUCAGAAUGUAUUUUGUUGGGCGAUGUCUUCUACAAGUUCAUAUGCAAAUCCUGCAGCCCUUCCGGUCUGGAAAUUGUGUCCAAAGAAAAAUUGGCGUGGCUCACAGUUCUGGUUUUAGCUCUAUACAAUCUACAAGAAUUACAGCAUUUGAGUCGACACGGUUUUUUCCAUUGGAAGCUGCACAUAGCUGACUUCAUUGAUCGAAAGUGGAAUUAUAUAUUUGGCAGCGCAGUCCGCCGUAAAAGAGCAUGGCAUGGUACAGUGUCAGGAACGCUCUCUCACUACAGUCCAGCAUUCUUUCAAACUGGCACACAUGUACUAAGAGAAUCCGGUUGGUGGAAGCUCACAUAUGAAAACAUGUCCCCAUUCAAUACAAUUCGUUUGAAGUACGGAGGUAUAGGCAAGCGAAGUUCCACAAGAAGUACUCUCGAUGAAGAAGCAAGUGAAGAGGAUUUUAAUCGACAAACCUCUUUCACUUCAAGUGACAGCCGGCCUCCCAGUGCCAGUGCUAUUGAUGUACCCUCAGAUCUAAAUUCCGAAAUGUUAAGCUAUUCCGACUCUGAAAGUUUGGAUGUUGAUAUUGACAUUCCCACUGAUUUAGAUAAAGUGGGUUUCCCAAAGUUAGAAUCAGAACUCAGUGAUCUUAUUGAUCAAUAUGUGACAUCGGAAGGAUCCUAUUUGGUAUCGCCCUCCAGCACCCGAACACUGGUAAAGAAUGGACCUGGUGCGACUGGAAGUUAUGGAUCUGAUAAGGAUUCUGCUAGCUCAAGUGAUUGUGAUGAAGGGGAAACUCCAGUCCCUCCACCAAAAAGUUUAUUCCAGUGCAGGAAAAACAGAGAAUUACCAUGGCUGAAAACUUGUGUUUCAUUAGUCAACAAUGCUGAGGGAUGUGUACCUAUGACAGAAUAUGAAGAGUUGCAUACACUGCAAUUACUUUCUAAGAGAAUUGAAAUGAGUAGUGGAUCAGUACCAAGUGUCAUUUUACGGCUUCAUAGAAAAUUAAAUGUGAGGAGAGAACAACGCCAUAGGCGGCUUGGACACUUUACAGAAAUUUCAGCUUCACUGAAUGAUGCCGACCUUUCGUCUUCACGUUUACAUAAGUCAAGUAAUAUCCGCACUUUGGAUAGAUAUCAGGUAGUAACCCUCUCUGAGAAUAGUUGUCACACUAAAAAUAAUCAGCAGUCGUUCAUGUUGCGAUUGCUUGGUCGGGUAGAGCCUACCUGCUUUGUUAGCCCCUUCACUGAAAGACUUUUAAAGCCAUUUAUCAGAAGAGAUUACCAUAGUAUACCUUUAUGGACUCAACUCAUGGCUGACAUUCAUCAAAAACAUGGCACCCAGUACGAGCGCUUCCCAAUUGAUUAUAGCUAUGUACAACCACACCAUAUUCCAGCUAUUAACAGUCUUUGUGAACUAUUCUUCUGGCCAGGCAUAGAUUUGAGUGAGAGCUUAAUGUACCCUGACUUCAGUUGUGUGGCAUUGUACCGUAAGCUGGUUGUUGGAUUUGCAUUUAUGGUACCAGAUGUAAAUUAUAAUGAGUCUUACAUUUCCUUCCUAUUCACUCGUCCUGAAUGGCGCAGAGCAGGUAUUGCUACAUUCAUGCUGUACCAUCUCAUUCAGACUUGUAUGGGAAAGGAUAUUACCCUUCAUGUAUCUGUCACCAACCCAGCUGUGAUAUUGUACCAGAAAUUUGGUUUUAAGGUUGAAGAACUUGCUCAGGAUUUCUAUGACAAGUAUCUGCCAAUUGAUUCAAAAGACUGUAAGCAUGCUUUAUUUUUAAGACUGAGUCGUUAAAUGUUUCUAUAUUCAGUUGAAAUGAAUGAUAGUUAAAGUUAUCAUUAAAGGAGAUACAGUGAAAACACA